AUGACUAAGGGCUCUGAGACCAACAUGAACACUUCUCCCACUACUGCAGCUCCCGCUCAGACCGUGGGAGGAGCCCGCACCAACCAUCUCCAUAGGAGAAACGUUGGCAGCAGUCAGAAGGCCGCCCCUGCUUCUGGAAGGAGAGCCGCCGGCAAUUCUAUCCUGAAGUUCUACACUGACGAUGCCCCGGGUAUCAAGGUCGGGCCCACUACGGUGUUAGUCCUCUCCCUUGCCUACAUGGGGUGCGUCGUGUGCCUUCACAUCUUGGCCAAGUUCCGUUCGGUCGUGGCUAGCAGCACUGGUGGCGCCGAUGAAGCCACUGAAUGA